AGGGACCAGGCUGCUGUCUGCUCUAGUAAGCACUGCUCUUAAGUCCUCUACCCAAACCGCUGUUGUGCUCUGUGUUUGGAAAGUUGAGCAAGUCAACUGACGAGCAUCUCAUCUCAAAAGAUGGGAAGUGGAAUCAGUUCAGAGAGCAAGGAGUCAGCCAAAAGGUCAAAAGAGCUGGAGAAAAAGCUUCAGGAAGAUGCUGAGCGAGACGCGAGAACUGUUAAGCUGCUGCUGCUGGGAGCAGGUGAAUCUGGAAAAAGUACUAUUGUUAAACAAAUGAAGAUCAUCCAUAAGAAUGGUUAUAGUAAACAAGAAUGCAUGGAAUUUAAAGCAGUGAUCUACAGUAACACACUGCAGUCAAUCUUAGCCAUUGUGAAGGCUAUGACUACACUUGGGAUUGAGUAUGUGAAUCCCAGAAGUGGAGAAGACAAACAACAACUUCACGCGAUGGCAAAUACACUAGAAGAUGGUGACAUGACACCCCAGCUGGCUGAGGUGAUUAAGCGACUGUGGGGAGACCCAGGAAUUCAGGCCUGCUUUGAAAGGGCAUCAGAGUACCAGCUCAAUGACUCUGCGGCUUACUACCUUAAUGACUUAGAUAGAAUCACAGCCCCUGGGUACGUGCCAAAUGAGCAAGAUGUUCUACAUUCUCGAGUGAAAACGACUGGUAUCAUUGAAACUCAAUUCUCCUUUAAAGACUUGAACUUCAGAAUGUUUGAUGUAGGUGGACAGAGAUCAGAGAGAAAGAAAUGGAUCCAUUGCUUUGAAGGAGUGACGUGCAUUAUAUUUUGUGCUGCACUAAGUGCCUAUGACAUGGUGCUUGUAGAAGAUGAAGAGGUGAACAGAAUGCAUGAAAGUCUACACCUGUUCAACAGCAUCUGUAAUCACAAGUAUUUCGCGACCACCUCCAUUGUUCUGUUUCUCAACAAGAAAGAUCUCUUCCAGGAAAAAGUGACCAGGGUGCACCUCAGCAUCUGCUUCCCAGAGUACACUGGACCAAAUACAUUUGAAGAUGCAGGAAACUACAUCAAAAACCAGUUUCUAGAUCUGAAUUUAAAAAAAGAAGAUAAAGAAAUCUACUCUCACAUGACCUGUGCUACUGAUACCCAAAACGUCAAAUUCGUGUUCGAUGCAGUGACAGACAUAAUAAUAAAAGAGAAUCUCAAAGACUGUGGGCUCUUCUGAGCAACCUCUUUUCUUCCAUUUGUGGUGGUUGUAGUCUGUUCAAGACAUCAAAGGUGCUGUGCGACUAGCUCCAGUAGAUACUAACUUAUUUAGAAAUGUAACUAGCAUUAUAAAACAAAAGUUUCACACAAAAAAAUGUUACUGUAUUAUCACCUGUAUCUGGCUAAGGUUUUAUUUCCUUGGGGCAUGGAAGGUAAAAUUUCUUGUGUUUUCUAUCUAGAAUGUGAUGUAUCUUGGUAACUAUCACAAUAUGCAUUCAUGUUGCUAAACUUUCUUGGAGAUGGGCUACAAGCGGCCAAUUUUUAAUAAUAAAAUAAAUUACAGAAUGUGCUAGAACAUCUUCCCUAGCUAGAUUUUGAAAAGCAUUCAAUGCCAUGUCUGUACUACAGGAACUGCACAAAACUGAUACAGUGCAUAAAACUUGGCCAUCUGACCUUCAUUUAGGCUGCCACAAGGCAUACAUGGUUCAUGCUUUUG